AUGAUUAGGCUAGCGGGAACUGUGUUAAUCAUUUGGUUGGCGGUAGCCAAAGGAGCUUUGCCUACCCAGAAUAUCCUUUCACAGGAGAAUGAAGUUUCCUUCGUGGCAAACCAUGAACGGCUCAUGGAUCUUCGUUCCUUGGGAAUGGAGUUUUUUAGAGAAUUCCGUAAUAUGUCAGCUACGGACUUGCACCUUCUCGGAGAGCGGUACGACGCACAAGAUUUGAUCUGCCUAGCAGACAUGGCAAAUUUUAUGACAGCCCUUACAACACCCAAGAAGUGGGCCUUAACAAUGCUUGAUUCGUGGGGCUCAAUUCCGGCCGGUUAUCUGUAUGGUAACAUCGUCGACAUGGGGAACUACGAUGAGUGCCUCAAAACAGAUGGGACCAUAAGUGAUUCGCAUCAAAUCAAGGGAAAAUAUUGCUUUCUGGAGCUCCCAAUUUACAAGUGGCUGGGCUACACAACACCAUUGCUGGCGAUGACCAACAUGAAGACCGCAGUGUGCUUUCCCUCAUCGUGCUCAGCAAAUACCAUGGAGAAGUUCUUCGAGCAGCUGCUACAGAGGCUCCUGGCCAUUAGCGAUCCAAGCGAUUCGUUUUCGAUUAGCGAGCAGACAUGCAGGACCAAUGAGAGUGAAUCCUUUGAUGGCCUUACUAUAUGCACCAUCGUAUUACUGUCCAUAUUUUGCACUACAGUGAUACUUUGCACCCUCUACGAUUACUUUUUGUGUCCAGAACAAGGUAAGCUACCUUCUUUUGUAAAGGCCUUCUCAGCCCGUGCCACUUCACGUGACCUGUUCACUAUUGUGGACAACAAGAUGAAUCCCAAUGUAAUCCAUUGCUUGAAUGGUAUGCGAUGCAUGUCUCUCGUUUGGGUGAUAUUUGGCCACGAGUAUAUCGUCGCCUUAAAGGCACCUGCCAUCAACCCUAGGGAUAACUUGAAAUGGAUGACGCAACCAUUCACCAACUUUAUACUAUACGCUCCAUUCUCGGUGGAUACGUUCUUCUUUAUCAGUGGCUUGCUACUAGUGGCCAUAGGAUUACGCUCCUUGGAGAAAACUAAAGGAAAGUUAAAUGUUCCUCUGAUGUAUCUGCACCGAUAUCUGCGCUUAACUCCGAUUUUAGCCGUUGCUAUACUAGUAUAUGUCAAGAUGAUACCAAUUUUCGCCGAUGGCCCCUUGUACGGUUCGACGGGCUUCUUUGAUUACUCCAUAUGCGAUAAUACCUGGUACUUGACCUUGCUCUAUGUGCAAAAUUACGCCACCGACAAUAUUUGUCUUGGUCAUAGUUGGUACCUUGCUGUGGAUAUGCAACUCUUCAUUUUAUCACCGAUCCUGCUAAUUGGCCUCUUUAAAUGGGGAAAAAAGGCAGCGGCCGGCAUCCUGCUGCUCAUUCUGCUAACUUCCGCUUGCCUGUUUGCCACUAUAGUAACAAAUAAUUAUGGAGUUAUAUUUUCAGAUGGUUCACACAUUCCGGAAGUCCAGAAGAAGAUCUAUUAUGCCACCCAUACCCAUGCAGCACCAUGGUUAAUCGGCAUCCUCUUCGGUUACUUUCUGCACCUGAUACGUGGCAGGAAUUUCCAGCUUAACCGUCUCGUAGUCUGGACAGGAUGGUUCCUCUGCUUGGCCAUGUUGUUCACCUCGAUCUUUGCAAUGUAUCCAUAUGCCAAGUUACUGGGUAAAUCACCCACAGUUCUGGAAGGAGCCUUCUAUUACACACUGACCCGAAUUGGCUGGCCUCUAGCCCUCUGUUGGGUGGUUUUUGCCUGCAUCCAAGGCUACGGUGGGUUGGCUAAUAGCUUUCUGUCAUCGCCUCUAUGGCAACCACUCUCAAAGAUUUCCUAUUCCGCAUACAUUUGGCAUAUCUUCAUUCAGGAAGUCAACCAUAAACGCGUCCGAACACAUACAUACUUCUCUGACUUUGAAGUGAUGCUUAGCUUCUGGUCCACUUUUGGGUUCACUCUGGUUAUGUCGUAUGUGCUCUACGUUAUUAUUGAGGCUCCCCUUGAUGGUGUGGAGCGCAUGAUGUUUCCCAAUCGAAGACCAUCGCCAGUGCCAGCAGUCAAAGACGAGCAGGCCAAAAUUGAGCCCAAUGCGGAGAUUAUUGACCGACACGAGGUCGAUCCAGAUAAGCAGACUGAUCUUGAGCAGGCUAACCCGAAAUUGGUUACCAAGAGCGCAGAAAAAGCCGACGAGUCAUAAUAUUGGACUCUUAGUUAGAAAUUAAGCUUGUUAUCA